AUGGUCAGUUUGGAGCCUUCGGAGAACGAGCAGGAACCUCUCCCAGAAGACCAAGCUCCGUUUCCUCCGCCCUAUCCAAGCCCGUCUAGUGGGACACUAAAAGCAAUGAUUGACGCCCUCGAUGUGAUGCAGUCGGAGUACUUCAGCCUAUGGCAGGCAACCUGGCCCAGCGGUAUUGACUGGACCAAGGCAGUUGUGAACACUCACAUUCCCUCAGUACUAUCACUCAUGUCCUCUACCCUUGAUACGGUUGUGAUCAACGACUCCGCCAAGGCUCGUUGCGAUAAUGAAGCACUGUCCCAUGAGAAUCUCAUCAGCUAUUACUUUCAGCAGACUACAACCUUUUGGCAUGGGGAAAACUUCUUUGGUAUACGGUUACAGGCAUAUGAUGACAUGUUGUGGGUUGUUUUGGAAUGGCUCGAGAGCAUCAAACUCCAGAAUUUACACUCCGAAUUGCAUUUUGGUCGUCACCCCAACAGCGAAUUAGGCCCUCACCACUCAUGGCAUGGAACACAGUACAGGAUUCCGGCUGCACACCGAGCCCGGGUAUUCUAUGACUUGGCCGCGCGCGGAUGGGAUACGUUGCUUUGCGGUGGUGGUAUGAUUUGGAGCCCUUGGUUGACUCCCUACAAGAAUGCCAUUACCAACGAAUUAUUCAUAUCGGCCAGCGUUGCCAUGUAUCUCUACUUCCCUGGAGACACCAUCGACUCACCAAUUGUGGAGAAUCAGUCUCAAAACGGGUUUAUUAGUCCACGCCAUAAUCCAGUUCACCGGGACGCAGCUAUAACCGCCUACAAGUGGCUAAAAAAUUCGAAUAUGACUGGAGCCAAUGGUCUUUACGGAGAUGGAUUUCAUAUUCGUGGAUGGGGCCCCAAAGACCCAGGAACCGGCAAUUGCGAUGUUCUAAACACAAUGGUGUAUACGUAUAACCAAGGCGUUAUCCUGAGCGGGCUCAGGGGGCUUUGGCUUGCAACUGGGCUCAAAUACUACCUUGAAGACGGUCAUGAGCUUGUCAGGAAUGUGAUAAAAGCCACCGGCUGGCCGGAGAAGUCGAAUCACACUUGGCAUGGACUAGGACGAGCGGGAGUCUUAGAAGAGGCAUGUGACAGUACUGGAAUAUGCUCGCAAGACGGCCAAACAUUCAAAGGCAUCUUUUUCCAUCAUUUCGCGGAGUUUUGUCGACAGCUCAGCCCUCAGGAAAAGAGGAUGCUUUCUGAUCCAAAACUAUAUGACUCUAUGCAAGGCGAUAAAACCAGUGAGGAGGGUCGAAGGGAGGCCUUUAGAUGGCAUCAACGAACCUGUGCCUCAUAUCUGAACUGGUUGGAACACAAUGCUCACGCCGCAUCUGUCACCAAAAACGAGAAUGGCCUAUAUGGAAUGUGGUGGGGUCGUAAAUACGCAGACAUGGAGCCCAACUCAAACGAUACCGUUGUGCUGCCUCAUGGUGCAGUUGAUUACAGUAACGCGGUUCCUCCUAUGAACCGUGCCAGCCCUGACCUUGCCUCUCUACAGGCCAAAGGUAACCGAACGAAUCUUGCCAAGGAUGAGGGCGGCGAUAUUACUGAGGGUCAGCUGCUACCGGUCACUAAUGCAGACCAAGAUUCUACAACUUCUCAGUUUGAGGGAGGGGUUGUUGGUACGGACGCUCAGACCGCUAAGGUAUUGAAGGAUGUAAAUGAUCGGGGGAGAGGUCGCACCUUAGAGACGCAGUCUGGAGCCCUCUCAGUGUUCAAAGCCUUAUACCAGUGGGAAACAACGCCGUCAUUGAUGCGCUGA